AUGUGGCAAGAGAAUGGUGACUAUAACAGCCCGAGCAUUCAAGAAAAAAUACUUCAGCAACAGGCACAGAAUUGUAAAAAUGGCUCGAGUACUCUUAAUGGUUGGUGUCCAAUCACGUGGGAUGGUAUAUUGUGUUGGCCAUCGACACCUCCUGGAGAAUUGGCUGUUCAAUCCUGUCCACAUUAUAUAGCGGGAUUCGAUUUGCAGGCAAAUGCAACAAGACACUGUACAGAAAAUGGUCAGUGGUAUUGGAGUGUUAAACAAAAUAGCACGUGGACAAAUUAUAGUCAUUGUUUUCUGGACCAAUUCGUCACGGUACUCAUGGACAUUUCAGAUGUGCAACCUGACAAUGUGACUUCCAUCGGGAAAUAUUUGCCGAUGAUAAAGUACAUCUCAAAGGUAGGAUAUGCUGUUUCGUUCUCAACCCUCGUUGUAGCAUUUUGCAUUCUUGCCAGUAUAAAGAAGUUACGAUGCCAGAGAAACAUACUCCACAUGCACUUAUUUGCUUCAUUUAUGGUACGAGCCUUCAUGUUCCUACUGAAAAACAUUUUGUUUGUGGCGGGUGUUGGACUUUCCACGGAUGUACUUAUCAAGAAUGGUAACAGCUAUUGGCUUGCUGACAAAUUUGAGAGUAAUUGGCAUUGCAAAGCAUUUACAAGUACUUGGCAAUAUUGUAUUCUCGCAAAUUACUCAUGGAUUCUAAUGGAAGGACUAUACUUACAUAAUCUCAUAUUCUGUGCCCUUUUCGCGGACGCGAACGCCAACAUUACCGUCUACAUUGUCCUUGGAUGGGGUUUGCCUGCAAUUUUCGUCACAACAUGGGUUAUUCUUCGAGCUUUAUUCGAGGAUAUUUAUUGCUGGACCACGCAUGACAAUACAUUAAUUUUUCAAAUUAUUCGAAUACCCACUACAUUUUCAGUAGUUAUUAAUUUCAUACUGUUCGUGAAUAUUGUAAGAGUUUUACUGUCGAAGCUCAAGUCGACCGUGUCGGAAGAUACCUUACGAUAUAAGAGAUGGGCUCGAAGUACGCUAGUACUAGUACCGCUUUUUGGAGUCCAUUACUCCAUAUUUCUGGGAAUGUCCUAUAGCAUGGGAAUCAACGAAACGGUUGAAAUUGUGUGGCUUUUCUGCGACCAAUUAUUCGCAUCGUUUCAGGGCUUCUUCGUGGCGGUGCUCUACUGUUUCCUCAACGGGGAAGUGCGCGCCGAGUUGUCCCGGGCACUGCGCGCCCGCAAGUGGCCCCGACUCCCGCGGCUCUGUCGUUCUGGCACGCGACCCUCCACCCACUCGGGCAGCACCUGCAGCUGCAACACGAGCGCCGGGGACGGCGCCAGAGGGAUGGUCGGGAAGCACGAGGGUGCCUUGGGCAGAUGUUGCUGCUGUUGCUGCUGGCCUUGCUGUAGAAGCCUCCUGGCGGCUUACAGGCGCUCCGCUUCCCGACACCAUAGAUCCAUCCACUCGAUGGCUAGUACCCAAGAUAUUGGAAUCGGUACACGAGGCGGCAGUUUAGCGAGUAGUCGAGGAUAUCUCGAGGUUGCCGGCACAGGCAAUAGUCCCGCAACCGACACAAACCUACAAACUUCCUCGAUGGUAACAUCAUUGACCAAUAAUGUUGCUUCCUCCCUCUGUAAGAACAUUGACCAGAAUCUAUUGUCUUUCUGCCCCAAUAUAUCGGAGAUGGAAAAUUGUACUGUAGCGACAGCUACGGCAGCAGUCGAUAAAUGCGAUAAUCAAGGAAUUAUACACGAUGAAAAUUGUUGGAGUGAAUCCGAGUGUUGCCACUUGGCUUAUGAACUGCAUCAUCUUCAUCAUCAAGAAGACUCAUGAAAAGCGCUCUUAUUAAUAAGAUAGUGUAACUGCGAUGAAAAAACUAUCUUCUCCGACGAGGACAGAGAGAG